AUGUUAGUUAUUUAUUAUUUUCUUAAUUAUUUUGUAUAUCCUCGAGAAGCUAAACAAUUUCCAUCUAAAUUAGUUGCUACUCCUUGGGAUUUAUCUUCAUCAUUACGAACAAAAAUCAUCACGGGAUUUAGUGGUACAAAUGAUACACAAAUAUUACUUCCUGUUCACAUCCAACAAGAUGAUUUACCUGAAUUGAAAAAAACAGAUGCACUUGUUAUUAAUAAUUUAUUAAAAAAUGAAAAUGAAAAUUAUCAAUGUUUACCAAUGAAUGUACAAUCCGAAAACAUUUUAAAACAAAUUAUAGAUCAAAAUGAGAUUGUCAAUGUUAUAUUAGAUGUCGGAGCAUUAUUUAUUGAUAGAAAUAAUAAAGAUAUUGCCGUGAAAUGA